CAUCACUAUCUGGAAAUUGUAUCAAAUGGACAAUUGUGAGCCGAAAUGUAGUAUUUUAGGUAACUUGACCGUCUCAUUGAUGGCAAUUAUGGAGCAGGGGAUUCAUACAAAAAAUGAUGAGAUAAUAUUUCUGCUCAACCCUGACCGUGGUUCAUAGAAAACAUUGAAUUUCAGACAGUGAAAGAGUAACAAUGAUUUUGAGACUUGUGGCUUUAGUGUUGUGUACAAUAAGAAUUGUUGGCCAAGAAGGUGGAUACAAUGGUUUUGUUAGUUUUUUUCAAAGAUUUUUAUUUUCACAGUUUCUUUCUAAAGACUUUUCAGACACAAAUCACAUUACAACGCAAGCAUUAGUUGACAAUACCACUCAAAAAAGUAGUAAUAAUGAUCAGAUGAAUAUUUUGGAGAUGAUACUCAACUCUAACCUUCGAGAAAAAGUUAAAUUCUUCCUCUACAAGAGGAAACAUAAAAGCCGAAGGGAAUUGAUGCAAUUUUCAAGGACAACGAAGACUAAUGAUGAGUUGCAGGAUGGCAUCAAUUACUACUUCGGUGACUUCAAUCCUGAAUUAGAAACUAAACUCCUUAUCCAUGGUUGGCAUUCAAAUGAAGAGAGCGAUACUGUGCAAAAUAUCAAAAACAACUACUUGUCCAGGAAAAACCUGAAUAUCGUCACUGUUGAUUACAGAGAUAUCGCAGCUAAUGACUUUUACUACUAUCCCGCAUUUCAAAUACGAGAAGUUGGAAAAUAUAUUGCAGAACUCAUCGACUACCUUGUAACAAUGAAAAAUGCAAGCAUCGAAGAUUUUCAUUUGAUCGGACAUAGUUUAGGAUGUCACCUGGCCGGAUAUGCUGGUUCUUUUACAAAAUCAGGACAAGUUGGAAGAAUAACAGGCCUGGAUCCAGCAAUUAUUGGAUUUGAGUGGUCCGGUCCGGAAUCAAGACUUGAUGACAGUGAUGCUGUUUUUGUAGAUGUCAUCCAUACCGCUGCAGGAAGUCUUGGCUUCCGAAAUCCACUUGGACAUGCUGACUUCUAUCCAAACGGGGGAUUUAUACAACCUGGAUGUGGGACCAAUCUUAUAGAUCAACGUAAGCAUAUACCCAUAAAACUAAUUAUUUAUCCCUUACGUUAACUUUCUACUCUAGGGGCUGCUCAUGGAGUAUCAGUCAGUUCCCUUGCAAGAAGAAUCAUGGAAUUUAUCAUCUUU